UUCUGCGUUUGUGUCAAAACAAAAUUGAAACUAAAAACUCGCUAAAACCGUCUACCACCGCAAUUAUCAUUGGAAUUCGUGCUAUUUAUGUGUUCGAAUGUAAGCGUCGGCACCCCGCAUCCCAGUGUUCAUGACCCCAUGUGUGCCACCUUGGUUUAAAUGCCACCAAUCUCCUGGCAGAGUAGCGCGUCUGAGCGAAUGAAAAAACUGGACAUGUUUCGCUCCAAGCAUUUGUGACUGAACAAAUCUCAUUUAAAACCCUGCCAUGCUGCAGUACAAGAGUGCCGCCAGUGCGGCGACUAGUGCGCCCCCAGCCACGCCUUCGGCGGCAGGCGGUGCCAGCAAGGCGACGUUACCACCAAACGGAGCAAGUGCACCAGCUUCGCAAACGCAGGUCCAGGGUGCUCCCGGGACACCAACCAUGCAGCAGAUCAUCAACAUUCACCAAAUGCCUCCCCAGUUUGCGGGCGGAGCGGUUGCCGGGAACGGUCAGAACGCUAGCAUGCCCCAAAACAUGUUCCAGAUCGUACAGCCCAUGCCCAUGCAAACGGUGAACAUCGAUGGCCAGGAGGCCAUCUUUAUACCAAACCUCAAUGCACAAUUGGCCACCGCUCAGGCGGUCAACUUUAACGGACAACAGGCCUUCAUCACGCCCAACGGUCAAAUUCUGCGGGCUCCCCAGAUGGCGGCCAAUCCGGCUGCCUCCAACUGCAUCCAGCUGCAGCAGCUGAACGGCCUGGGCCAGGAGCAAACUCAACUGAUCACCAUACCCGGCACCAACAUCCAAAUACCCGUCACCAAUCUCAUUCAGCAACAACAGCAGGCACAACAAGUGCACCAGGGUGCAGUGCAACAGCAGGCGCAAGGAACUAAUGCUUCUGGAGCCAAUGGAGCGGCAGUUGCCAACAGUGGAACAGCGGGUCAGCUGCCGGGUAGCAUCACCAUACCGGGCACGAACCUGCAGAUACCUACGUCGGUGGCGGCGGCCAAUGGAUUGCUGGGAAACAUCUCCAAUAUCUCCAACCUACUAGGCGGCGGGCAAUCUAUAAAGUUGGAGAAUGGACAAUUGCAGAUGCGACCGCAAUUGGUGCAGUUCCCGGCGCAAGCCAUGCCGCAGCAGCAACAAACGGUUGCUGUGCAAAUCCCCGUUCAGACUGCCAACGGACAGACCAUCUACCAAACGGUUCAUGUGCCCGUCCAGGCAGCGGCAACAGCAGGCGGAGGACUGCAAAACCUUAUGCAGGCGCAAUCCCUGCAGAUGCCCGCCGCCUCGCAGAUGCAAAUCAUCCCGCAGUUCUCACAGAUAGCUCAAAUUGUUACGCCCAACGGUCAGAUUCAGCAGGUGCAACUGGCAAUGCCGUAUCCUCAGCUGCCACCGAACGCCAACAUUAUACAUAUCCAGAAUCCCCACCAGCAGCAGCAACAAGUACAACAACAACAGCAGCAGGUCCAACAGCAGCAGCAAGCGCAACAGCAACAGGCACAGCAGCAACAACAACAGGUCCAGGCGCAGCACCAGCAGCUUCUUCAGGCGAUCAGCGAAGCCUCGGCGGGGGGACAACUGCCGCCCAAUCAGCCCAUUACCAUUACCAAUGCCCAGGGCCAGCAGCUGACCGUGAUUCCCGCCCAACUACGCCCAAAUGCGCCUCCCGCACCCACUCCAGCCCCAGCUGCUGUGCCCACACCAAUGCAGAUGCCUAAUCUUCAGGCGCUGCCCAUACAGAACAUCCCGGGCUUGGGUCAAGUGCAAAUCAUUCACGCCAAUCAGCUGCCGCCAAAUCUGCCAGCCAACUUCCAGCAAGUACUUACCCAACUACCAAUGCCGCAGCCUCAGGUGCAAGCUCAGGGCCAAGUGCAGGUGAUGCCCAAGCAGGAGCCGCAGAGUCCCACGCAAAUGAUCACCAGCAUCAAGCAAGAGCCGCCGGAUACCUUUGGACCCAUUUCCGCAACCGGUAAUCCACCGGCACCUGCCUCUACUCCAAGCACAUCCUCACCGCAACAGCAACAGCAGCAGCAGAUCAAGUUCCUACAUACGGAAAGCAACUCCCUGUCCAGCCUGAGCAUACCAGCCUCCAUUCAGAUCACAGCCCUGCCACAGCAAGCGACGAAUCCACCGAAUACCCCAGCCACACCCCAACCAAUUCCUGUAUCGUUACCUGCAAGAAGCAAAGUCAACGCUGUUAGCACGUCUAGCACACAGAUUACGAUUGCGCCGACUGGUGGCCAAGUGGUAUCCGUGACCACGCAGUCUAGGGGAGCAACAGCCAGCAUAAGGAGCACGAACACCAGCACGACGACUAUAACAACGCCCACACAGAGCCAUCUCAAUAUGAACAUCAGUGUGGCGAGCGUCGGAGGUGGUGCACCUGGAGGCGGCGGUGGAACAGCGACUGGAGAGCCGAAACCACGCUUAAAGCGAGUAGCCUGCACCUGUCCCAAUUGUACCGAUGGCGAAAAGCAUUCGGACAAGAAGCGCCAGCAUAUCUGCCACAUCAGCGGCUGCCAUAAGGUGUACGGGAAAACCUCCCAUCUAAGGGCUCACCUGCGUUGGCACACUGGCGAGCGACCCUUUGUCUGCUCCUGGGCGUUUUGCGGCAAGCGCUUCACCCGCUCCGAUGAACUGCAACGCCACCGACGAACGCACACGGGUGAGAAGCGGUUCCAGUGCCAGGAGUGCAACAAAAAGUUCAUGCGCAGCGAUCACCUGUCAAAGCACAUCAAGACGCACUUCAAGAGCCGUUCUGGCGUGGAGCUAAUUGAGCUAAGCAUCAAGCAGGAGACCAAGAGUGGCAAUACGCCCAAAAGCAUUAGCACGAUGAACGGCAUUGUGACGAUAGAGAUUCCGGGCGGCGGUUCGGCGGCGGCGGGCAGUGGAGCCUCCAGUGUGGCGGCCACGGUUGCGGGCUCAACUGUGACGCCGGGCGGGGCAACGAUCGUUCAGCUGCCGACUGUGGAGGCCAGUGGCGGGGGCGAUAGUUUCGGCGAUGAUGAGGAUGACGAGGAGGAUGAGGAAUUGACCGAAGAGGACGACGAAGACGAGGAGCUCGACGAGGACGAAAUGGAUGAUUGCGAGGAUGAUGAGGAUGACGAGGACCCGGAACUGGAUAGCGGCGAUGAAGUGAAAAUGACAAUUGCGGUCAGUGAGCCGGGCGACAAUUCGUCCAACUAGCAUUCGGAGUCGCUGUUCAUGGAACAGUUCUUGUUUGACCACUUCCCGUAGCACCCACCGCCCCCCGCCACGCCCCAUGGGACCAUGGUUUAGCAAUAAAUAAAUUGUACAUAGCGUAAUUAUGUAAAAGCGAGCAUUUUAAAUGUUUAUCUUCGUGUACAGUUCCGGUUGCGGAUCAUCCUAGAUUAGUGUACAUA